CGAUGUCGAUGGAGCAAAAGCUCGAGCUUAUUCCAGAAGCCGAAGCCGAAGCUCUCCCAUGGCGUCGAGGCUCGCCUCCUCCUCCUCCUCCCCUCCCCAGCUCGCCUCCCCUCCUCUCCUCCUCCGCCGCCGCCCCGCCGGCGCCGGAGCCGCCGCCGCACUCUCCUGGAGCAGCUCCCUUGCGCCACCAAUGGCGGCGGCGGGGGCGGAGGUGGGGGAUGCCCUCGCCGCGUCCCGAUCGUCUCCUUGCCCCGCUCCGGGGAGAACUUGUCUGCGGUUAGCGGUUAUCUGUAAUGCUCAGACUGUAGUUUCAACUAGUAUAUCGCAGGGGACUCCUGUUAGACCUACAAGCAUACUGGUCGUUGGAGCUACUGGAACUUUGGGUCGGCAGGUGGUGAGAAGGGCAUUAGAUGAAGGCUAUGAUGUAAGAUGCCUUGUAAGGCCUCGGCCCGCUCCUGCUGAUUUUCUUCGGGAUUGGGGUGCCAUAGUUGUCAAUGGUGAUCUCAGCAAACCGGAGACUAUACCUGCAACUCUUGUUGGCAUACAUACAGUCAUUGAUUGCGCAACAGGGCGACCAGAAGAACCUAUUCGGACGGUAGAUUGGGAAGGAAAAGUUGCUCUAAUACAGUGUGCAAAAGCUAUGGGAAUUCAAAAGUACGUAUUCUAUUCCAUCCACAAUUGUGAUAAACAUCCUGAGGUUCCCUUGAUGGAGAUCAAGCACUGCACAGAGAAGUUUCUUCAGGAUUCUGGUCUUAACUACAUCAUUAUUCGCUUAUGUGGGUUCAUGCAGGGUAUAAUCGGGCAGUAUGCUGUGCCGAUACUAGAAGAGAAGUCGGUGUGGGGAACUGAUGCCCCGACUCGAAUUGCUUACAUGGAUACCCAGGAUAUAGCUCGUUUGACAUUUAUAGCAAUGCGGAAUCAGAAGGUUAAUAAGAAGCUUCUGUCAUUUGCUGGUCCUCGUGCUUGGACUACUCAAGAGGUGAUUGCUUUGUGCGAGAGACUAGCUGGGCAAGAUGCGAAUGUGACCACCGUUCCUGUUUCAGUCCUGAAAUUCACUCGCCAAUUAACUCGGUUUUUCCAGUGGACAAAUGAUGUAGCUGAUAGACUAGCAUUCUCUGAGGUUCUUUCCAGCGAUACAGUAUUCUCAGUUCCAAUGACGGAAACUUAUAGCCUCCUCGGGGUGGAUCAGAAAGACAUUGCGACCUUAGAGAAGUAUUUACAGGACUACUUCACCAACAUCUUGAAGAAACUCAAAGAUCUCAAAGCGCAGUCGAAGCAAACAGAUAUUUAUCUAUGACCAAGGCAUUUGGACAUUACAACAAAGGGUUUAUAUUGUCUUCUGAUGGAAGGGGUAAAAAAAAGCAUAAAAUUGUGUGCAAGUUCUUAUUGUUUCCGCGUGUAUACAUCAUAUUAUGUUUUGAAGUAUGUUUUCAUGUGAAUGUUUCAAUUGUUUCGAGAUGGUGUUUUUUGGUAUAAUUUUUCAUUUGAAUACAUAUAAAUAGAGUGUUUGAAGGAGAAGGAAAGAGAGACCACAGCAGGACCUGUAGAAAGGGCCUGUUCUUUCUCCUACCUCCUGCAGAAGAGUU